AAAAAGGAAAAAAAAAAAAAUGAACAACCGCCGACGCCUCCUCAUCUUCCAAGAAUCCCCCAACCCCUCCAACCCCACCGAACCAAUCUACCACGCCGUCAACAAACUCGGCCUGCCCAUCUGCGGCGCGGGACCCGACAUGCCCUCCAUCCUCGACCUGCCGCUGCGGAUUCUGCGCGCGUUUACGGAGAUUUUCAACGAUCCCCGGUAUAAAGGGUGGGCAAUUGUAUCCGCUGCACCGUACAAGGAUCCCACUGUUUCCGGGACAUUCUUUGCGGUUGUUUUGGAACAGGUUCAGGGUCAGGUUCAGGGUCAGGGUCAGGGUUGUAGAAGGGAGUAUGAUUUGAUUUGA